CGCAGCGCCUGGUACCUUGUGUCAGCAUCUUCUCUACAUCCUGUAAGAACAAUACUGGAGCAAACGGACUGUGAGAUACAGGGGAUGGAUGAUUUGCAAAUACUGAGUGUUCUCAGGUGACAUCAUGAACCCUGCCGCAAGCGGCGCUGCUGAUUCUCGACAGUCAGACAAUAGCAACAGAAAACAACAGCCGGCUUCGUCUCCGGCUAGAUUCAGGGAUGGUACCGCGAGAUUAGCCUCUAAAACCUCAGCAUCCUCCAAAAGCAAUGCACCCAAACAGGGCCUGAAACGUACCCGCGGUUCUGUCCAGGGAUCCGUAGCCAACGGCAAAGAUAAACAGCUGACUAGAGGUGCGGUCGCUGUUCAUCCGGUUGGUGCUGAAACAAACGCUUCAAAUACUUACAGGGCGGAGGCAGCCAAGAAAACCGAGGAGAAAAACAACCAAAUACCUGAAACCCGGAGCACAGAUAUAACAUCGGUAAAAGCGGAUUAUUAUCGCGUCGGUUCUGACCAGUUAGACACCACGUCCAAAUCGUCGAAAGGGAAACUGAAAAACCAACAGAAGGGCGGAGGCCAAGCGUCCACCAGCAGCAAACAGAAUAGUAAGAAUUCUGUAGGCUGCGAGGCCGGGUUUUGGAAAGAAGGAUGUCUGCAGUCUGAGCUAAUCCAGUUUCACAUCAAUAAAAAGCUAAAGAAAGGUGGUAAAAUGCAUACCAAAACAGCAAAUACCCAAGAAACAGACUCGCAAUCGGCGGUGCCUGCUGAAGAGAUCAAUACGGAGAGUAUGACACAGCAAGAUCAGAACCUACAAAAUGAAAUCGAGCGACUCAUAGAAGAAAAUGAAGAUUUUAAGAUCGAAAUUGACGAGAUGCGGACAGAAAUGGAUGAGAUGAGGGACAGUUUUUACGAGGAAGAUGCAUGCCAGCUACAAGAUAUGCGUCGGGAGCUGGAGAGAGCCAACAAAAACUGUCGAAUAUUACAAUACCGCUUGCGGAAGGCGGAGAGGAAGCGGCUGAGAUACGCAGAGACCGGUGAGAUUGACACUGAGCUGGUGAGAAGUCUGGAGCAAGACCUUAAGGUGGCAAAAGACGUGUCAGUGAGACUUCAUCACGAACUGGAGAAUGUAGAGGAGAAACGAACAAAAACUGAGGAGGAGAACGAAAAGCUACGACAGCAGUUCAUUGAGGUGGAGGUCACCAAGCAAGUGCUGCAGAACGAACUGGAGAAAGCAAAAGAGUUGUCACUAAAAAGAAGAGGAAGCAAGGACUUGCAGAAGUCUGAGAAAAAGGCUCCUCAAACAUCAACAGAGGAUGACAGUGAGGACUUGAAGUGUCAGCUUCAGUUUAUCAAAGAGGAAGCUAUACUGAUGAGGAAGAAGAUGGCAAAAAUCGACAAAGAGAAAGAUCGGCUGGAGCAAGAGCUGCAGAAGUACCGCUCCUUUUAUGGUGAUCUUGACAGCCCUUUACCAAAGGGAGAGGCAGGAGGGCCCCCUACCACCAGAGAGGCAGAACUGAAGCUGCGCCUGAGAUUGGUGGAGGAAGAAGCCAACAUCCUGGGCCGGAAGAUCGUGGAGCUGGAAGUGGAGAACAGGGGCUUAAAGGCUGAACUCGACGAUCUCCGAGGUGAAGAGCAUGCCAGUGCUUCUGGUACAUCCUUCAGGGAACAGUGCGAAGUCUCGGAGCUAAGGCAGCAGCUGCAGCUAGUUGAAGAUGAAGCAGAGCUGCUGAGGAGGAACUUGGCCGACAUGGAGGACCAGAAUAAGAAAAUCACCACGGAGGUCAACAAGUUCAAGUUCAAGGCUGGGACGCAUGAGAGUUCCAGGCACAGUGACAGCGCCAAGACAGAGGCCCUCCAGGAGGAGCUGAAGGCAGCUAGAAUGCAGAUCAAUGAACUCAGCGGUAAAGUCAUGCAACUGCAGUACGAGAACAGGGUCCUCAUGUCCAACAUGCAGCGCUAUGACUUGGCCUCACACCUGGGGAUCCGUGGGAGCCCCCGGGAUAGUGAUACAGAGAGCGAUGCCGGAAAAAGGGAAAGUGAUGAUGAUUCACGCCCCCCUCACAGGAAACGAGAGGGGCCUAUUGGUGGGGAGAGCGACUCGGAAGAGGUGCGCAACAUCCGUUGCCUGACUCCUACCAGGUCCCUUUACUCUGCCGAGGGACGUUUUUUACCCAAAAACUUCAAAGACCGCCAGCAGAUGAUAGACAUCCGCAUGGAAGCUGAGCGCCUCAGCAGGACUAUAGACCGGCUGAUUUCCGACACCAGCACCAUCAUAACCGAGGCCAGGAUAUGCGUGGCUAACGGAGACCUCUUUGGAAGGAUGGAUGAGGAAGAUGAUGGCAGCCGGAUACGAGAGCAUGAGCUGCUCUACAGAAUCAACGCCCAGAUGAAGGCCUUUCAGAAGGAGCUUCAGACUUUCAUUGACAGACUAGAAGUCCCCAAGUCUGAUGAAAGGGGAGCUGACGAACCACUGUCUGUAAGUCAGAUGUUUCAACCUAUUAUUUUACUUAUUCUCAUUCUUGUCUUGUUUUCAUCUCUUUCCUAUACCACCAUUUUUAAAUUGGUCUUUCUGUUUACACUUUUCUUUGUUCUGUAAAUCCCAUUCCUCCAUUAGUUUAGUGUUAUUUUUAGUUUGUUUAUUUAUUUUAAACACCCCACUAAGGUUACACAAAGUACAGGAAAUUCAUUUUCUGCACGGGCCACAAUUCUACAUCAGAUUACACCCUUAAGAAAAACACUGGAGACUACAAACUUUAUAUGGAUGACAGUCUACAUUUACAGGUAUGUGGUAUUAAACAACCCAACAUCUAACAAUGAUGUUAAUAUAUACCUUAUACUUAAUUGUGAGGAAAUCCCAGUCAUUUACAAUAGGCGAUCACAAUGAAAUGCAUGCUGGUACAAUCUAUAGAAACCAGCCAUAGUACGAAAGCAAUAGCGAUUGCAUUACUGCCAGUUGUGAACUUGCUUACUUGACAAUACUCAUUAUUUCAUGUAUUAGAGUUGAUUACCAAGAAGUAAAAAUCUGUAAGAGAAAAUAUUAGACUUUCUGGACCAGUUUGUAAGCAAUCCAAAUCAACCAAUGAUUUUUGAAUAAAAUGUUAAUUAUAAUACUUUUCACAUUUUAUUAAAUGUUUCUUUUCUUUUUUUUUUAUCACUGAUAAAGAGCAGAUGCUUAUUGGUAGUGUUUGACAGCAAAUAGCCAAUGAGAAAAGUAAUGUCCAUAAAGGCUGCUUCAUACUCUGAUCGUGUGACCUUCACUGAGGGAGAUUUUUAGUCUCUCUAGUAGUGCUAAGAAAUUUGUUCUCACCUCUAGUUGGUCCAUUGCACUGCCAUUUCCUGUUCCAGCAUAUGCCUUCAUUGUUUUCAAUACAGAACCCUACAUGUCUUAAUAAUAAUAAAAAAAAAAAUACAAUACAGGUGCUGUCACUAACAUUGCUACUAUGUUUGUAAGACAGCCAAACCUAUUUAAAGUUACAGAAGUAGUAACCAAAAACAUUAGCAUAAGUUGCAUGAGAAAAGACCUUUAAAAAUCUGUUUGAAAGAGUCUGUGUUUUAGAAACCUACAUUCAGGAGAGUCCAGCACUUGUUCUUAGUUUGCUUUCAUAGAACUAGAGAACACUGGUGCCUUUAAAAUAAAAGAAAGUACUGGAACUUUUUGAAGAAUUGAACUUGUGCCAAGCCUAUGGAAGAACUUGGACUGAAGCUAUGUCUGUGGUUUUGUUCUUCAGCCAGAAUCAGAGGGGAGCGAAUAGGUAUUCUAAAGAAAAUGGCUUCU